CUUUUGCUCUCGUUUUGGAAUGACAUUACUCUCUGUUUUUGACGACAAUGCUACCUACUAGUUACAAUUUACAUUUCCCCAAGAACUAAGGCCUAUCGAUAUCCUAUCAGCUAUACUAUACAUACUAUACACUCACCCACACUUCUCCACAGCAUAAACCCAACGAACCAGAAGACGAAAGAGAAGAAUGUGCCUCCCACCCCUCUCCGACUCCCUCUCCCUCCCCAAACUCCUCAAUCUAAACCUCGACUCUUCCUCCUCGCGAUCCUCCUCUCCCUCACCACCACCACCACGAUUCCACGAUCGUCAUCACCACCACCAUAGUAGCCACCACCACCACCACUUCCGCAGACGACGAAGAUCCAACAGCUCAUGCAGCACCUGCAGCGACACCACCAGCUCCAGUUCCACCACGACCUCCAUCUCCAUCCGCCCCCCACCGCGAAGCUACCAUCCCCCACAACCGUCUCGCAAGCCUCCGCCUCCACCUGCUCUUCGAGAGCGGGAGCGAGAUACUUACCGAACGAGUCGGAGUAAGGUUCGAGAUGUCGAGGAGACAUUCAUCCCGCUGCCGCCGGCGAGGCCUGUCAGGAUUGCGAGGCCGUGGCCGCGGCCGAGAUUACCGCCCCUGCCUCCGCCGGUGGUGAUUGAUGUCAGAGAGAGGGAGAGGGAGAGGGAGUUCUGUCGGUUGCCGGAUGUGGAGGCGGAGGAGGUGGAGUGUGUGGGGGUUUUUGAGCCUGAGCCUGAGCCUGAGGAGCGGGAGAGGGUGGAGGAGUGGGUGGUUAUGAGGGAGAGAGGGGGGUGGAGGAGACCUAGUGGUGGCGGUGGUGCUACAAUUAUUAGGGAACGGGGGAGGUGGAAGGAGGUAGUUGAGGAUGAGGAAGUGGAUGAGGAAGUGGAUGAGGAGGUGGAUAGGGUUGAGGAGGAUAGUAGGAGGAAGGUGAGGGUUGAGAUCUGCCAUCCGUCCGUUCCAGAAGAAGUAUCAUUCGAGGAAGGUGCAAUCCUUUUUCUAUCAUUGAAUCGCAACCUCUCCCACAGGAGGAGAAGCUCAUUGACUGCUCGUCCCCGGUUCCGCUUCUCUACGCUGCGCGGCUUUCAGCAGCCCGAGCUGAGCAAGAAGCUGAACCAGGUCAUUAAGAACGAGAAUGCUGCCAUCGGUGCUCAUGAGAAGGCCAGUCGCGAGCGCGUGUCUAUUGCAUCCCAGUUGUCUGAAUGGGGUGAAUGGACUGAAGACGAUGCUGUCGCCGAUAUCACCGACAAGUUUGCUGUCCUGAUGGCCGAGAUUGGCGAACAGGAGGAUACCUUCGCUCAGUAUCUCGAGGAAUACCGCAUCGUGCUGAAGCAGAUCCGUGACACGGAGAACUCGGUCCAGCCGUCCCGCGACCAUCGGGCUAAGAUCGCAGACGAGAUCCAGAGACUCAAGUGGAAGGAGCCACAUAGCCAUAAGAUUGACACUCUGGAACAGGAGUUGGUCAGGGCGGAGGCUCAGAGUCUCGUUGCUGAGGCGCAGUUGACUAAUGUGACCAGGUCGAAGCUCAAGGAGGCAUUAGACAUCCACACUGCUGCGGUCAUUGAACGAAACGAGAAACAGAUCUUGCUUGCUCGUCAUGCGCGUCGCGUUCUGGAACAACUGGACGACACCCCUGUCGUUCCUGGUGACUCCCCACGCGAAUAUGAUCGCACAUCUUCUACAAGACAAAUCCUUGAGGAGGCUGAGAAUGAUCUCCGUUCUUGGGAGAGCACCACCGUGCCUAUCCAGAGUGCGGCAGGGGAGCUCCCGGACAGUACCCUUUUGCCAACUGCCGCCCGUAGAGCUACCAAUGGUCGCGCAUCAUAUGCGGCUGACACAGCCGUCUCGGACUCUGUGCGGGACGUCAACGGUUCUGCGGAAGCUUCUUACGUCAAUGGCGCUGGUCAUGAGAGAUAUACAAAUGGCACUGGUGUGGAGCAAUAUGCCAAUGGCACUGGCCAGGAGCGAUACGUUAAUGGCUCUGGCCAAGAACGAUAUGUCAACGGUACCGGCCAGGAACGCUAUGCCAAUGGCACUGGCCAGGAAAGAUAUGUCAAUGGGAACGCUGCGGAGCGACAAGCCAAUGGAACUGGCCGGGAACAGUAUACUAAUGGUACCACCACAGGGGCCUAUGUUAAUGAAGGCAGUGCGCGAUAUGUCGAGGGAGUCGCGCCGGAGGAGUAUGUGGAUCGAAGUGCCACAGAAGAAUAUUCUGGCCGUGCUCAGGAGCAGAGCGCCACCGGUGUCACUGAAGAGCAGUAUAGCAGCCGUGCUCAAGAGCCGGUCGCCGCCAGUGCUGGCGAGGAGCGAUACCCCGGUCGUCCUCUAGGACAGGUCUUUACCAGCGCUGCCGAUGAGCGGUAUGCCACCGGUGGCACAGAAGGACCAUCCGUCCCCGCUGUUGAGGAGCAGACCACUCCUGCUGCCGCACAGGACAUAUACUCCAGCCGGACAGGCGGAGAUCAGGUGGCAGAUGGAUCUGUCCGGGAGGAGACUCUAAAAACAGAGGAGGAAGAGGAAGUGCGACGAGCACCAGAUCCACGCCUCUCAUACACCUCACGAGGCUCCGAAGCUCCGCAAAUAAUCAGCCCAGUCCCAGUGCAGGCCCAUCCUGUGGCAGUCCCCAUCUGAGCUGAGGACUGGGGGUAGUGUAUUGGUUUCUAGCUAUGCUCGUUAUCUGUAGUUGUAGUUCUAGUACGUACGGUAUUUGGCUUAUAUGUGUAU